AGAACCCACACUGGAGAGAAACCUUAUAAAUGUGAUGAAUGUGGAAAGUCUUUUGUUAAUUCCUCCAAACUUCAAUGUCAUAGGAGAACCCAUACUGGAGAGAAACCUUAUAAAUGUGAUGAAUGUGGAAAGUCUUUUGUUAAUUCCUCCAAACUUCAAUGUCAUAGGAGAACCCAUACUGGAGAGAAACCUUAUAAAUGUGAUGAAUGUGGAAAGGCCUUUUUCCAGUCCUCCCAUCUUCAAUGUCAUAGGAGAACCCAUACUGGAGAGAAACCUUAUAAAUGUGAUGAAUGUGGAAAGUCCUUUGUCCAGUCCUCUAAUCUUCAAUGUCAUAGGAGAAUCCAUACUGGAGAGAAACCUUAUAAAUGUGAUGAAUGUGGAAAGUCUUUUUCCUUUUUCCAGUCCUCCCAUCUUCAAUGUCAUAGGAGAACCCAUACUGGAGAGAAACCUUAUAAAUGUGAUGAAUGUGGAAAGUCCUUUGUCCAGUCCUCUAAUCUUCAAUGUCAUAGGAGAAUCCAUACUGGAGAGAAACCUUAUAAAUGUGAUGACUGUCGAAAGUACUUUAGGGAUGGAUCAUCUCUUCAUGUUCAUCGGAGAACCCAUACUGGAGAAAAACCUUAUAAUUGUGAUGAAUGUGGGAAGUCCUUUGUUAAGUCCUCCCAUCUUCAACGUCAUAAGAGAACCCAUACUGGAGAGAAACCUUAUAAAUGUGAUGGCUGUGGAAAGUGUUUUAGUGAUGUCUCAUCUCUUCAUGUUCAUCAUAGAAUCCAUACUGGAGAAAAAACUUAUAAAUGUAAUGACUGUGAAAAAUGCUUUAGAAAUGGCUCAUCUCUUCAUGUUCAUCAGAAAAUCCAUACUAGAGAUAAACCAUAG